AUGUCGUCGUCGGCGGCAGCGCCGAUCGGCCUGUCGUGGGCGCCCCAGCUGCCUUCCCUGGCGGCGGCCGGCGGCGGCAGCAAGAAGGGCUCGGCGCCGACCCCGAGCAUUGACGCGCAGGAGUCCCUCUGGAAGCCCAGCAACCAGCUCGUUGACGGGCUCUACGUGCCCCCGAGGGACCCCAGGAAGGUCAACAAGAUGGCGAGGAAGAGCGUCAAGGACACCACUGGCAAGGGCUGGUUCGACAUGCCGGCGCCGAGCAUCACUCCCGAGUUGAAGAAAGACCUUGAGAUUUUGCAGCUGAGGCAUGUAAUGGACCCUAAAAGGCAUUUCAAGAGGUCUGGUAAAUCCAAGGCUCUUCCGAAGUAUUUCCAAGUUGGAACGGUUAUUGAGCCUGCAUCUGAGUUCUACUCAAGUAGGUUGACAAAGCAUGAAAGGAAGCAGACCUUGGUUGAUGAGCUGUUAUCUGACCAAAAACUCAAGAACUACAGGAUGCGUAAGGUAAGGGAAAUUCAGGUGGCCCGGACACCCGGAGGCAACCAGAAGUGGAAGAACAAGGGCAAGCAAACUUUCAAAAGGGCCAAGGACAGGCGGAAAUAG